UCUCCAUGUGGAUGUUGAAAACUGUCAACAUUGACCUGUGCAGUCGCUUUUCAAGACCAAUAUCUUCAGCGUCUGUGGAAGCUACGCUAUUAAAGAUGAAGGUUGUCGGAUCUACCUGUGCCCUGAAGACCAAGGUCAGCGGAGAGAUGGGCCUGUCCGACCAGAGCCUGGCCAUCUCCAAGUGCAAGCUCCCGCUGCUGGACGAACAGAUGAGCGUCUUUCUCCAGGACAUGAACAGCUGCUACAGCAAGCUGAAGGAGCUCGUCCCGACGCUGCCCACAAACAAGAAAGCCAGCAAGGUGGAAAUCUUGCAGCACGUCAUCGACUACAUCUGGGACCUGCAGAUCGAGUUGGACGAGCCGGAGAAGAGUCGCCAGCUCUCGGCGGCCAGCGGCCAGCGCACGCCGCUGACCACACUGAACGCAGAGCUCGCGAGCAUCGCAGUGGAGAACGGCUGCUCAGACGAGAGAAUCAUGUGCCGUUAAGGGUCCGCGGAGCACCCCCCAACCCCCAUCAUUCCAGAGAGGACAAGACAACCUGAUGCAGCGGCCAGAGCACAUCGGCCUCUAGAGUCUUGAACUGUGAGGGAGAGUUUGAAACUCCUACAGCUAGAGAAAUAAAAUCAUCGAGAGGACAUGCUUCAAGAGUGACGGGGUCUCGAUUCAUCCGAGAGCUCCGAUGUGAGGACCGGCGUGUGUCCAGAUAUAGACUGGGUUAGUCGUGGGACCAAGACAAGCUCAGAGAGCAACCAGCUUGUUGCUCGUAGUUUCAUAAUGACUUUGUUAAGCCCUUUGUAUUUGUGUAAAUCAAAUAGAGAAUUCAACAUUCUGUAAAAAAAAAGUAAUUUCUCAGAUUCCUGAGCGACAAAACUGUAUUGUAUAUUACAAUGCCACAAUAUGUGAAGAUAUUGUUUUCUUACAAUGUACUUUGUGUUUUUAUUAAAACAAGACUUAUUUUUGAACAAGAA